AUGUUCAGAAUCCUCACCCGCGAAGCAGUCAAGGCUAUUCCCCGACAAUUUCGUCUCUCCACCGGUGCCUUACGCUUCGUCCAUAGUGAGCGUCUUCCGUACUCUGGUCCUGCAACUUACGAUACACUCAUGCGACGCUUUUCCUCCGACAUCGACCCCCAUGCCUAUGUCAUCCGCAAGCACCAGCAAGAGGCUCAAGAGCAUGGUGAAUUCAUAGACAUCCACGAUAUCGGUAAUCUGGACCCGGAGAAUUAUACUUUCACGAUUCCAGAUGUUGAUGAUCGGGUUUUGCGAGGCGAAAUUGCUGAGGUAGUGGGCAUACCAUACCAUACAAAGGCAACUGCAUAGGACGCUGGCAGGGAUAUUGAGACUGGCUAUUGUUACCUCUAUGGCCGAACUAUUCGCAUGAUAUUUCCGGCAGUUGUUGGCGAUGGUACUCGUGCUCAUUGGGUUUUUUUUAUUGUGGACACCGCAGCUCCAUUGACUUACCUUUCAACCCAGGUAAGUGCUCCUCCCUGCUAAAAGGAGGCCCACUGCUAACUACUCUAGACGAGUGACUUCUUUGGUAUCACGAAAAAACUACCAUCGCCCCACCGUGUCACGAUUGCCGGAUACCCCCAUGUGGUCUACAGGUCACCUAGCAGUGGAACGUUUUCCAAUAUUAAUAUCCUCGGCAUGGAUUUCCUCCGUCUGAAUCAAAUUUCUCUGUGGAACGAUUUCGAGAAGCACCAGGUCAGAAUGCCCUUUGGUCAGAAAUGGGAGCCACAUAGGAAGGCCAAGCAAUAGUUCUGCGGACAGGCGAUAGGCAGCGGAAAUAGGUGAUGGGGCAAUUUUUUUCUUUCCUAAUUCUUCUCUUUCUACGACCGAAUACUGCAAUAUCUUGCCUAGUACGCUAGCUUAGGCACUGUUGAAGAGGUGAAUGGGCUUGUGGGGCAGUAUAUAGAUAUUCGUCAUCAUGCUAGCGUUUUUUUUGUUG